CAGUAUAACAUAUAUUUAAGCAAUAAAUUUCAGAUUACAAAAUGUGAUCAUGAUCCAAGGUGACCAAUGUUUUUGUUCUUGUUUUUCUGUGUUCAUGUGUUUUUUUUGUCUCGUAUAAAUGCCCCUUAAAGAGUCCAUCUCUAAUUAUUCUAAAUAUAAUAGGAUUAAUGCUCAUUAACUAAUCAAAUCCAUACAUUUUAGCAUAUGCAAUGUGUGAGGUUCAGUUGGUGAUAGUCAUUGGCGUUUAAAGUUUAACAAUAAUGGAUGAUUAAAAUGUACAACAGGUGCCACUUUACUCCGUGUAGGUGAUUUCCCUAAAAGAGUUCACAUGAACUAGUAAAGCUAGUUGCCAGUUAAGUUGGCCUACCAUGUCAUAUCUUGACGUUCGUUCUACAGCCUCGUGAUAUUGGUAAACCUAACAUGACGUUGCGUUCUCACGUUUGACAAGCUGGAACUUGGACCAAUCGAAAACCGAGUUUUUUCCUGCUCGACCAAUAGGAUGCUCGGGAUUUCUCACAGAGGCGGUCGUUCUGAGAAACAGUGCGUAUCGGGUUAGGUUGUUAGAAAGUUAAUGGCUGGGGGAAAGAGAUCCUCCUCAACCCUCGCUUCGGGAGAGUUUCUGGAUUCCCUGAAGUAAAAUCACGUAAAUAUCCUCAAAGAAAGAGCCUGGACGGACGUUUACGUCAACAACUAGCUCGUGGACACGAGUAUCGUGAACAUAAGUAUGCAGGAUGCAGUAGCCGGGACGGCAAUGCUGACGGACGGCUUCGAGGACGAGAUUGACUCGGUGACUCCUCGCUCCCCAGCGGCAGGGAUGGGGGUAGGAGCGGCGCCAGGAGGAGUCGGACUAGGGGGCAUUGGGAUUGGUGUAGGUGGAAAGAAAAUACGUUUGUACGGCGAACCAGGUGGGCCUGGAGCAGAAAGACUGGAUUUCAAACUGGCGGCCGCGGCCGUCCUCUCCUCGGGUCCCGGAUCCGGCAGCGACGAAGACGAGGUUUCAGAGGUGGAGUCAUUCAUCCUGGACCAGGAGGACUUGGACAACCCCAUCAUGAAGACGGCCUCGGAGCUGCUUCUGUCCAGCGCCACAGACGGAGUCGAUCUGAGGACGGUGGAUCCAGAGACGCAGGCCCGACUCGAAGCUCUACUGGAAGCUGCAGGCAUCGGUAAACUGUCAACUGCCGAUGGUAAAGCUUUUGCAGACCCCGAAGUGCUACGGCGCCUGACGUCCUCCGUGAGUUGCGCCCUGGACGAAGCGGCGGCGGCCCUGACCCGAAUGAGGGCGGAGAACACGCUAAACGCCGGCCAGGCCGACAAUCUGGUUAUUUUCAGUCGUAGUUUAGCGGAGGCGUGCUCGGACGGAGACGUCAACGCGGUGCGCAAACUGCUCGACGAGGGGCGGAGCGUCAACGAACACACGGAGGAGGGGGAGAGCCUGCUGUGCCUCGCCUGCUCGGCCGGCUAUUAUGAACUCGCACAGGUUUUGUUGGCCAUGCACGCCAAUGUGGAGGACCGGGGCAUCAAGGGAGACAUAACGCCGCUCAUGGCCGCUGCCAGCGGCGGCUACGUCGACAUCGUCAAACUGCUCCUGGUCCACGGGGCGGACGUCAACGCACAGUCCUCCACAGGCAACACGGCGUUGACGUACGCGUGUGCCGGCGGCUUCGUGGACGUGGUGAAGGUGCUGCUGAAAGAGGGCGCGAACAUCGAGGACCACAACGAGAACGGACACACGCCCCUCAUGGAGGCGGCGAGCGCCGGCCACGUGGAGGUGGCCAGGGUCCUCUUGGAGUACGGCGCCGGCAUCAACACGCACUCCAACGAGUUCAAGGAGAGCGCCCUCACGCUCGCCUGCUACAAAGGUCACUUGGAUAUGGUGCGCUUCCUGUUGGAGGCCGGUGCAGACCAGGAACACAAAACGGAUGAGAUGCACACGGCACUGAUGGAGGCGUGCAUGGACGGCCAUGUGGAGGUGGCACGGCUGCUGUUGGACAGCGGCGCGCAGGUCAACAUGCCGGCCGACUCCUUCGAGUCGCCCCUCACCCUCGCCGCCUGCGGGGGACACGUGGAGCUCGCUGCCUUGCUCAUAGAGAGGGGAGCCAACUUGGAAGAGGUUAAUGAUGAAGGCUACACGCCUUUGAUGGAGGCAGCCAGAGAAGGCCAUGAGGAGAUGGUGGCACUGCUGCUGGCUCAAGGUGCAAACAUCAACGCCCAGACCGAGGAGACCCAGGAGACGGCUCUGACUCUGGCGUGCUGCGGAGGCUUCUUGGAAGUGGCAGACUUUCUCAUUAAGGCGGGGGCCGACAUCGAGUUGGGCUGCUCCACGCCUCUAAUGGAGGCUGCGCAGGAAGGCCAUCUGGAGCUGGUCAAAUACCUUCUGGCAGCAGGGGCAAACGUUCACGCCACCACGGCCACGGGCGACACGGCGCUGACGUACGCGUGUGAGAACGGACACACGGAUGUGGCGGAUGUGCUGCUGCAGGCCGGAGCCAACCUGGAACACGAGUCUGAGGGGGGCCGGACGCCGUUGAUGAAAGCAGCGAGGGCGGGACAUCUCUGCACCGUCCAGUUCCUGAUCAGCAAAGGUGCUAAUGUGAACAGAGCCACGGCCAACAACGACCACACCGUGGUGUCUCUGGCCUGCGCCGGGGGACACCUGGCGGUGGUGGAGCUGCUGCUGGCUCACGGGGCCGACCCCACGCACCGACUCAAAGAUGGUUCAACCAUGUUGAUAGAAGCUGCUAAGGGCGGCCACACCAACGUGGUGUCCUACCUGUUGGACUACCCAAACAACAUCCUGUCGGUCCCAGCGCCGGACCUCUCCCAGCUCACGCCCCCCUCGCAAGAUGCCUCUCAGGUUCCACGUGUCCCAUUCCAAGCUCUCGCCAUGGUAGUGCCUCCUCAGGAGCCCGACCGAGCCCCAUCGAGCAUCGUCACGCCCCCACUCGUCUCCAGUAAAGGCGUUUCCAAACAGAGACAAGCCGCCCUGCAGUCCGGGGCCCCCAGCUCGGGGGGCCGGGGCCCUGAAGCGGAGCCUCUGCCGCCCUUCCACUUGUGCCAGCCUCUCGAGUGCAUCGUGGAGGAGACGGAGGGAAAGCUGAACGAGCUGGGCCAGAGAAUCAGCGCCAUCGAGAAGGCCCAGCUUCAGUCACUGGAGCUCAUUCAGGGGGAGCCGCUCACCAAAGACAAGAUCGAGGAGCUGAAGAAGAGCCGGGAGGAGCAGGUGCAGAAGAAGAAGAAAAUCUUGAAGGAGCUGCAGAAGGUGGAGCGCCAGCUGCAGCUGAAAACACAGCAACAGUUCACCAAAGAGUACAUGGAGGCGAAGGGAUUAAAGGAGGAGCAGGAGGCCGGGCAGAGCCAGGGCCCGGGUCCGGGUCCGGGCCCCGGCAGUACAACGUCUGUGCCGGGAGCGCUUCCCACCAUAACCGGCGCCCAGGUCCACGCCGGCUCCGACACGGACGAGGAGGCCAACAAGGACGGCGAGCAGGAGGAGCAGCCCGGAGACGAAGGGGACGAGGAAGAGGAUGACGACGAUGACGACGAUGACGAUGACGAAGAGGAAGGCUCGGAGGACGAGGCCGACGGAGAAGAUGGCGAUUACCCCAGGCUUCCUCAGGUGGGCACCAUCCUCUACCGGGACGGGCCUCAGCCGCCUCAGCAGCCGCCUCUGCCGCCCUCGCCUCAGGCCCAGCCCCCUCCGCCGCCCCUUCAGACCGCCUUCGUCCCCAUCCAACAACUGCCAGACUACAACCCUGCCGACUACCCAGGGAGCACCAGCCCCGAGCUGCAGAUGCUGGGCCAGGAGCAGCAGCAGCUGUCUGGGUUGGGCCCAGGAAUGAUGCCUCAGCAAGCCCCAGAUGGGCUCAUGGUCGCCACGCCUGCACAGACGCUCACAGACACGCUGGAUGACAUCAUGGCGGCGGUGAGCAGCCGGGUGCCCAUGCUGAACCCUUCCACCUCGCCCACGCCGCUGUCCCAGCCUCCCACACAGAUGCCCUCAAACAUCUCCUCGCCUUCUUCGGUCCUGCCCCUCUACCCCUCUGUUGACAUCGACGCACACACGGAGAGCAACCACGACACGGCGCUGACGCUGGCGUGUGCAGGAGGCCACGAGGAGCUGGUGUCCGUCCUCAUCGCGCGGGGAGCCAACAUUGAGCACCGGGACAAAAAAGGGUUCACGCCUCUGAUCCUGGCUGCCACCGCCGGCCACGUCGGCGUGGUGGAGGUGCUCCUGGACAAAGGCGGGGACAUCGAGGCUCAGUCAGAGAGAACCAAAGACACGCCCCUCUCGCUGGCGUGCUCCGGAGGACGCCAAGAGGUGGUGGAGCUGCUGCUGCUUCGGGGCGCCAACAAAGAACACCGCAACGUGUCCGACUACACGCCGCUCAGCCUGGCCGCGUCCGGCGGUUACGUCAACAUCAUCAAGAUCCUCCUCAACGCCGGAGCCGAGAUCAACUCCAGGACCGGCAGUAAGCUGGGCAUCUCCCCUCUGAUGCUGGCGGCCAUGAACGGCCACGUGCCGGCGGUGAAGCUGCUGCUCGACAUGGGCUCGGACAUCAACGCCCAGAUCGAGACCAACCGGAACACGGCGCUCACCCUCGCCUGCUUCCAGGGCCGGGCGGAGGUCGUCAGCCUGCUGCUGGACCGCAAAGCCAACGUGGAGCAUCGGGCAAAGACGGGUCUCACCCCUCUGAUGGAGGCCGCCUCAGGAGGCUACGCAGAGGUGGGCCGAGUGCUUCUGGACAAAGGGGCCGAUGUCAAUGCUCCCCCCGUCCCCUCAUCCAGAGACACCGCCCUCACCAUCGCUGCCGACAAGGGCCACUACAAGUUCUGUGAGCUGCUCAUCAACAGGGGCGCCCACAUCGACGUGCGGAACAAGAAGGGGAACACCCCCCUCUGGCUCGCGGCCAACGGCGGGCACUUUGACGUGGUCCAGCUCCUGGUGCACGCCAGCGCGGAUGUGGAUGCAGCCGACAACCGCAAGAUCACCCCCCUCAUGGCCGCUUUCCGCAAGGGUCAUGUGAAGGUUGUGCAGUAUCUCGUGAAGGAGGUCAACCAAUUCCCAUCAGAUAUCGAGUGCAUGAGAUACAUCGCCACCAUCGCCGACAAGGAGCUGUUGAAGAAGUGCCACCAGUGCAUGGAGACCAUCGUCAAAGCCAAAGACCAGCAGGCGGCCGAGGCCAACAAGAACGCCAGCAUCCUCCUCAAGGAGCUGGACUUGGAGAAGUCUCGAGAGGAGAGCAAGAAGCAGGCCCUGGCUGCGAAGCGGGAGAAGCGCAAGGAGAAACGCAAGAAGAAGAAGGAGGAGCAGAAGAGGAAGCAGGAGGAGGAGGAUGGGCAGAAAACCCAGGAGGACUUCUCUGAGAUGCUGGAGCCGAAGGAGGAUUCAGCUGACGAAGAAGAGGUUCCCAUCGAGCCUCCCAGUGCAACCACCACCACCACCAUCGGUAUCUCCGCGACCUCCACCACCUUCCCGACCGCUUUUGGGAAGAAGCGCGCCAGCGUCGCCACGACCCCGAGCACCAACCGCAAGAACAAAAAGAACAAGACGAAGGACUCGCCCAACGAACCGAUCGUACUACAGGACCCGCAGGUUGCACUCGCACAGCACAAGGCAGACAAGAACAAGAUCCACGGGGAGCCGCGGGGCGGAGGGGGGGGCAACAGCGACUCCGACCCCUUGGACAGCACCGACUGCGCCAGCGAGAGCAGCAGCAGCGGGGGCAAGAGUCAGGAGCUCAACUACCUGCCCGACCUCACCUCCUCCGCCUCCUCCUCGUCUUCGUCCUCGUCCUCCUCGUCCUCGGUGCCCUCCUCCUCGGCGGCGGCGGCGGCGGCCCAGGGCCUCCUGCACGGCCGAGAGAAGAGACACUGUCCUCAGCCGCCGGCCGACUGCAAGGUGGACAGCAAGGUCACCGUCUCCAUCUCAAAAGCAAUGCAGAAAGCUCUGGACACGAGCGACUGCACUUCCCACUCCUUGCCCUCUCCGUUCAAGACCAUGGCUCUUCCCCUCACCUCGCCCAACAGCAAGCUCAGCCUCACGAGCCCCAAGAGGGGCCAGAAGAGGGAAGAGGGCUGGAAGGAGGUGGUCAGGAGAUCCAAGAAGCUCUCGGUGCCGGCCUCCGUGGUGUCUCGGAUCAUGGGCCGAGGAGGCUGCAACAUCACCGCCAUCCAGGACGUGACGGGAGCUCACAUCGACGUCGACAAACAGAAGGACAAGAACGGCGAGCGGAUGAUCACCAUCAGAGGCGGCACGGAGUCCACGCGGUACGCCGUCCAGCUGAUCAACGCUCUGAUCCAGGACCCGGCCAAGGAGCUGGAGGACCUGAUCCCACGGAAUCACAUCCGAGCCCCCGGCUCCAAAGCCACCUCGGCCUCCUUCUCCAGCGGCGCCGCCGGGUCGGCCGCCGGGCCCAAGGCCCUGAGCUCGCUGGUCACCUCGGCGGGCGUCUCGUUCCAGCCGUCUCUGUCCUCGCCGUCCUCUCAGGCCGGGGGGAAGCUGGGCAAGGGGCCGCCGCCCGGCGUGAGGCAGCCGUUCCCCGUGUCGCUGCCUCUGGCCUACGCCCACCCUCAGCUGGCGCUGCUGGCGGCUCAGACCAUGCACCAGAUCCGACACCCGCGUCUCCCCAUGGCUCAGUUCGGGGGCACCUUCUCUCCCGCCGCCAGCACCUGGGGGCCCUUCCCCGUGCGCCCCGUGAGCCCCGGCAGCGCCAACGGCUCCCCGAAGCACAACGGGGGAACCGGCGGAGGCCCGGCGCGACCCAACUCCAGCCACGGCGAGCACGGCGGCUCGGCGGGCCCCGGGGCCUUCGUCGCCAACGCCAACAGCGCCGCCGCCUGCGCCCCUCACACGGCGGCGGGCGCGGGCUCGCCUCACACCCCGAACCCCACCCCCUACAACCCCCAGCCGAGCGUCCCCAACCCUUCCUCCGUCAAGAAACAGCUCUUCCCCCCCGACAAGUGCGGCGGCGGCGCCGCCCCCGCGUGCGUCUCUGCCGCGCCUUCUAGCGGCGGCGCGGUGCGAGGCUCCCAUCACAGUUCCACCGCGGCGACCGCUAACGCCCCUCAGCAGCUGGGCGGGUCCGUCUCGCUGCCCCACCUGCAGCCGCCUAAAGCCGAGCCCGGCGCCCCUCUUGGGAAAGACAAGCCGUCUCUCUCUGCGGAGAACCAGGCGGCGUCUGAGAGCUUCUCCGCCCCCGCCGUGGCGUUGCCUCCCAAGCCGGAGCCCCGGCAGCAGCUCCCCGCCGCCCCGUCCUCCUCGGAGGCCGCGGCGCCGCUCCUCAACCCGCAGCCCGGCGCCCACCACCCCUCGGCGCCGCCUCCUCUCCACUCGCACAGCGUCGCUCACCCCAACAACGCCGUGCCCCACUUCUCAGCCCCUGCAGCCAGAGCGCCUCAUCGCAUGCAGCCCACCGGGCCGUACUACUCCCUCCCUGAGCAGCAGCAGCAUCAGACGCAGCACCAUCAACAGCAGCAGCACCAUCAGCAUCAACAACAACAACAGCAGCAGCAGCAGCAGUCUGUGUUCGUGCCCUUCAUUGCUCAGCAAGAACCCCUGAAACAGACCCAGAACCAGACGUCCCAGCAGAGUAAUCUGCCUCCCCAGAACCAGAACCACGCGCCCGGCUCCCUGCAGGUGUCUGCCGGCAUGGGGCUGAUGAACGGCUCCCAGAUGCAACACGUGGCCAACGCCGGCAAGCAGAUCCCGCCCAACUUCGGCCCCGCGGGCCUCUUCAACUUCAGCAGCAUCUUCGAUAACAACAGCCAGGUUGGAAACAACCAGGUGUGGGGCGCGUGCCACCUGCCGGCCCGGUCGCCGCCGGAGCAGUCGUACUCGGCCCCGCCCGCCUACAUGAGCAUGGGCCAGAUGGAGAGCAUGAUGCCGCCGCCCCCUCAGGACGGCUCCAAAGCGCCCGGCUACCGCUCCGCCUCCCAGAGGAUGGUCAACAGCCCCAUCGCGCUGACCAGCUACGCCACCAGCCCCGUGUAUCUGCACGGCCACACGCCGGGCGGCACGCCCUCCUUCAGCCGGCAGCACUUCUCCCCUCACCCAUGGAGCGCCUCCACGUCAGGUGAAUCUCCGGUCCCGCCUCCAUCUACGGUUUCAUCCUCCGCCCUCUCCACCUCGGCGGUGGCCCCGCCCCCCCAGCCGAAGCCGGGCAGCUCCUCGCAGCAGGACCGGAAGGUUCCGCCUCCCAUCGGCACGGAGCGGCUGGCCAGGAUCCGGCAGACCGGCUCCGUCAACCCGCCGCUGCUCACCACCAGCUACACGGCGUCGGUGGGACAAGGAGGCAUCUGGUCGUUCGGGGUCGGCAGCGCGUCGGAGGCCAUGUCCGGCUGGUCCCAGCCGCUGAUGAGCAGCCACAUGAUGCACCCGCAGCUGCAGGCCGAGCAGUCGGCCUUCUCCCAGCACCAGCCCAUGGAGCAGGACGACACCGGCAUCGCAAACCCUGCUAACAACUACCAGCAGCAGCAGCAGCAGCAGCAGCACCUGCCCAACAGCUACAUGGACUUCCCCAAGGGGAUGCCCAUGUCCAUGUACGGAGGCACCAUGCUGCCCCCUCACCCCCCCAUGGCCGAGGGCCCGGGGGGUCCGAUGUACAACGGUCUGCACGCCGGUGACCCCGCGUGGAGCCCCAUCAUCAAAGUGGUCCCCAACAACGCAGAUAACUCUGACCCGCAGCAGCAGGUGUGGCCCGGUACCUGGGCGCCUCACGUGGGCAACGUGCACCUGAACCACGUCAACUAGAGCGCGCGUUCCACGGCAAUCAAAGCGCGCAGCAGCAUGACCCGACGCACACAUGAACUACCAACUGACGAACACGACCGAACGAGACGCGACACGUUAACCUUAGAGACCCGAGAGAGCCGACGGCGGGGAGGCGGAGGUCCUCGCGACGCCGCUCUUCGACGCGCCCGUCUCAAAACACACAGAGUGAAUAGGCGAGGGCUGGUAGCAGCCGUCCCCACGAUGCAAACAAACAAGCGCGACCGCCUGUCCAACAGGAUCCAUUCUCUGCGUAGUUUAGCGAUUUUGACUUAAACCCACAUACACCGUUCUUGGGCUGCAGGGGGCUCAACAUGAAGUAGCUAUUUAAACUUGGCCCAGAACUAGAUGAUGAUUACCGAAAGAGAAAGAGAAAUCAGAACCUUUUAGAGUGGUAAAUACAUGUAUAAUUGUUUACAUACUAAAAAGGGUUAAAAUGAGAGUAAAUUUCAUGUCGUAUAGUGGCUCUACUUUAUGUAGCCUGUAUUAAUGUGAAAUAUUUACCUUAAUAUUCAAUAAAAAGAUUGAAAAGUA